AUGGAAGGCUGGUUUUUUGGCCCCUCUGGCGUGUUGUCGGCAACCCGGAAGUGGGCUUCUGUUGACAAAAUGGCCUCCUCCGAAGAGCUGAAAGCUGCCUACCGGAGGCUCUGCAUGCUCUACCACCCCGACAAGCACCGGGACCCAGAGCUCAAAUCCCAGGCGGAGCGCCUCUUCAACCUCGUGCACCAGGCUUAUGAAGUGCUCAGCGACCCCCAGACCAGGGCCAUCUAUGACAUCUAUGGGAAGAGAGGCCUGGAGAUGGAAGGGUGGGAGUCUAAGAGACUGACUUCUAGACUCGGCCGUGCCUCUGCGCACCUCCGUGCGCUUGAGCAGGCCACAAGUAGCUGCGUUUGGGACGUGUUAGUGUCGGUAAUGUGCUAUGUGUGUGAACAAAUGGAGACACAAGAGAACUGCAGGAUUGAGUUGGCCAGCAUGAAGGAAGCUCCCCCUAGCAGCCGAUCCCUCGGGAACGAGGUGCAGAGGUGUGGGCACCCCCAUGUGCAAAACCAGCCCUUUCAGUUUUCCGAGCUGGUUAGCGGGGUUCAUGCAGCUGCCCAUGUUGGAAGCGAGAUUGGCUUCAGAGUGGCGAGGCUCACCUUCGAGCGGGGUAUGCCCGGCGGUGCUGAACGUGGCAGCAGCUCGCCGGAGGAAUGGGGAGCACGUGCCCUGUUCCCCGUGCACAUGGCUGACCGCAGCGCCGUGGGUGUCCAGGGCCAGGGCGCGGGCCACCUGCCUGAUGACACCACUUGGGCUACAGCAUCUGCUCUGGCUCACACCCCCACCAAGACAGGGGGCGGAAGGGGUGCUGGCAGGUGCCAGGAGUGCAGAGUGACGGCCUAUCCACCCAGUCUGGCUUCCUGGCUGAAGGCAGCUGCUGACCAGGAGAACAGGGGAGAGGAUGCUGGGAGUGCGCUACGCAAGCACGAGGCCCUGGGAUCACCGCCAGCGCCGGGGAACCGCAGCGUCGGCCUGGCCCCUCCUGGGCCGCCGCGAUACGUGACUGGUCCUCUGGCCCUCGCCCUCGGUGGAUCCCGGCUGCGGCGCGUUUUUCUGCCCCAGGGGACCAUCAGUGUUGGCAUCGACGCCACUGACCUCUUUGAUCGCUACGAGGAGGAGUACGAGGACGUGUCCGGAAGCGGCUUCCCGCAGAUCGAAAUCAACAAGAUGCACAUAUCCCAGUCCAUCGAGGCACCCUUGACAGCUACGGACACGGCCAUCCUCUCCGGAAGCCUCUCAACCCAGAAUGGAAAUGGAGGGGGCUCCAUUAACUUCGCGCUUAGACGAGUCACUUCCGCGAAGGGGUGGGGAGAGUUAGAAUUUGGAGCCGGGGAUCUGCAGGGACCUUUAUUUGGUCUGAAGCUCUUCCGUAAUCUCACGCCAAGAUGCUUUGUGACGACCAACUGUGCUCUGCAGUUUUCGUCCCGGGGGAUCCGGCCCGGCCUCACCACCGUCCUGGCCCGGAACCUGGACAAGAACACCGUAGGCUACCUGCAGUGGCGGUGGGGCAUCCAGUCGGCCAUGAACACCAGCGUUGUCCGGGACACCAAAACCAGCCACUUCACGGUGGCCCUGCAGCUUGGAAUCCCUCACUCCUUUGCGCUGAUCAGCUAUCAGCACAAAUUCCAGGAUGAUGAUCAGACCCGCGUGAAGGUCUCCCUGAAGGCCGGCUUCUUCGGGACGGUGGUGGAGUACGGGGCCGAGAGGAAGAUCUCCAGGCACAGCGUCCUGGGCGCCGCGGUCAGCGUGGGGGCCCCGCAGGGCGUGUCUCUCAAAGUCAAGUUGAACAGGGCCAGUCAGACCUACUUCUUCCCUAUUCAUUUGACGGACCAGCUCCUGCCCAGCGCCGUGUUCUAUGCCACCGUGGGGCCGCUCGUGGUGUACUUUGCCCUCCACCGCCUGGUCAUCAAGCCGUACCUCAGGGCUCAGAAGGAGAAGGAGCUGGAGAAGCAGAGGGAGAGCACAGCCACCGACAUCCUGCAGAAGAAGCAAGAGGCGGAAGCUGCCGUUCGGUUGAUGCAAGAAUCCGUCCGAAGAAUAAUUGAGGCAGAAGAGUCCAGAAUGGGGCUCAUCAUCGUCAACGCCUGGUACGGGAAGCUCGUCAACGACAGGAGCAAGAAGAGCGAGAAGGUCAAGGUGAUUGACGUGACCGUGCCCCUGCAGUGCCUGGUCAAGGACUCGAAGCUCAUCCUCACGGAGGCCUCCAAGGCCGGGCUGCCCGGGUUCUAUGACCCGUGCGUGGGCGAGGAGAAGAACCUGAAAGUGCUGUACCAGUUCCGAGGCGUCCUGCACCAGGUGAUGGCGCUGGACGGGGAGGCGCUCAGGAUACCAAAGCAGUCUCACAGGAUCGACACAGACGGGUAACCCGCUUGAGAAGCCGGAUUCCCAAGAGGCCGCAAAAACGCCUCUCCCGGGCGGCUGCGAGUUCGGAGGCAGGGACAAGCCGCAGACACAGACGUGUUUAUUUUCUCUUACUCCUGUAGAAGGUGGCGCCGAGUUACGUGCAGGGGACACAGACGCCCGCGUUCACGGGCGCCGCGGGUAGGACUCCGGCAGCCCCACCUGGACCAGAGCCGAGCGGCCCGUGGCUGUUUUCCCAAGGAUCAUGUCCCCGGAGGGAGGGGCCCGGGCCCCCGCUCCCCCUCCGCGCUUCCCCCCCCACCCCCCACCCCGGGUCCCGAGCCCGGGCCGACCGCAGCCACCCAGGAGCUCCCGGUCUGUCCCGAGGCAUUUAUGGAGCGUCCUGCCUGCACACGGGACUGUGAACUACUCUUCCUGAAAACCCACGCUGAGCAUGGAAAACAAAAUGAAAGAGAAGGAAGGUGUUCUCACGAGCAGAAGCCUCCAGAACAAGUGAGCGUCUGUCCGGUCAGCUUCCCAAAAACCACUUUUUCCUGCUGAAAUACUACUCCGUGAAUCUGGAGAGGACCGUGUGGGUUUAUAAAUCUGCUUUUUAUCUGAGAACGAAUGGAUUUGGAAAUCAGUGUCUUCUUUCCCCCUCCCAGAACUUCUCAAAUCAUUCCACUGGCAGGUGGCUUGGGACAGAGCGGUGGAUGUCCCACGCCGUCCCAGGGCCUGGCCCUGUCACAGGUCACUCCCUCCCAGGAGCCACCCUGGCCUUGUGGAGAAAAGCAGACGCAAGCUAAGUCGCCCCUCCCACCCCCUGCAGCUCAGCCUGACCUGCCUCUGGCCCCUCAUGGAGCGCAGGAACAGGGAGGGGAGGGGAAGCAGGGGCCAAACCCCCAGCACUGGGAGAGCCAGGCGGGCCUCGCUCGCUCGCGGCCAGCAGGUGGCGCUGCGGUGCCCGCCCCCAGGGCUCCCUCCCUCCCUGUCUCACUGUCCCCUCUGUGGACGCAGAAUACUUAGGAGCCAGCUGCUCCCGAGCAGCCCGGAGCGGCCGCCGGUCCCGCUGACAGAGAGGCCCUGGCCGGCCGCGGCUCUGACGCCCCCCCGCAGCCGUUGCCGCAGUCGGGCUGCGCCCCCUGGCGUCGGCACCGGAGGGCUCGCUGAUACCCCCUCCUCCAGUGUCCAGAAGCAGUGCAGGCUGUCCGAUUCUGUAGUACUUACCUCCACUUCAGAAAGGUCUCCUCUGAGCUGCUGCUCUGAAUGUAAAUCGUGCAAUAAGCGUGGCGUGAAAUCUCUGACCUUGGGGCGCGGCCACGGCAGGUGGCUCUUCAGGGCACCAAUUCUCGGAAUUUUGUUUGAAAUAGACUGUACAGAAGGCGCUCUUACCAUAAUAAAUCUUUCCUGAAAAUGGGA